AUGUCCGAUCACAUAGAUAUGGAUGAAUUUCGAAUGACAGCAGAUGAUUUAAAAGACUUUAAAAGGGACCUAUUGGCCACUGUCUACAAUCAAACGCACACUCAGCUGAUGAUAUACCAGCAAGGCAAGUGCUUGAGAACAGCAAAAACAAUUAAAACCAGAAAAUCUUCUCAUAGUGCAGCUAUAACUGAUGGUGAGGAAACAAUGCCCUCGGCUGAAGUUUUAAAUGACAUAAAAUUGGACAAGGAAUUAGAUGCCUUGAGAAAUAUUUAUAAAGAGGCUUAUGAGGAGUUAACAAAAGAAAAAUUAAUUGAAGAACAGCCCUAUGCAGACGUAAUAAAUGCCAUAGAAGUGCAAAAACAAAACAAUAAUGAAGUGGAUGUUUUAACGAAAGACUUAAAAGAGAACAAAACGAUAUUGAAAAACUUAAAGGAACUACAAAAAAGGGAGCAAAGCGAAAUGUCUGAAAAAUUAUCUCAAAAAUCACAACGUAUCGAAGUGUUACGUGAUCAAUUGAGUAACAUAAAACGUAUUAAUCAUUUGGAAGUUAGAUUGGUGGAGAAAUGGGAAAACAAUCGCUAUACACAGGCCACCAUAGUAGGCGAAAAGGAAGAACGUUUUCUAAUGCAAGAAAUACUGGAGCUGCAUCGCCGCAUGGCUGGCGAGCAACGUUUGAUCUAUGAAAUUCAAGCAUUUCGCAAUAAUGAAAUCUCCGAAUUAAAGGAUAAAAUUUCGAAGUGGGAAGAAAAAUUCCGGGAGGAAAAAUUUCAAAUAAUUGCAAAGAACUUAACAUUGACACAGAACAUUGCAGACAUUGUGAAAUCUCAUGAGAAGCAUUGUGAAAUUACGGAGCAAAGACAGCUGUUUGUGGCUGAAUAUUUGGAGCAAAAAGCUGAAGAGCAACGUUUGUAUGAACAGCAACUUUAUCGUAUCGAAUGUGCGGUACGCAUACAGGCUUGGUGGCGUGGUGUUAUGGUACGUAAGGGCUUGGGCCCAUAUCGUAAGAAAUCGAAAAAGGGUAAGAAAUCUAAGGGCAAAAAGUAA